AUGGGCUCCUCUCGGGCACCCUGGACGGGGCGUGUGGGAGGGCACGGGAUGAUGGCAUUGCUGCUGGCCGCUCUCCUCCUGCCAGGGACCCUGGCUAAGAGCAUCGGGCCCUUCUCAGAUCCCUGUAAGGACCCCACACGGAUCACCUCUCCCAACGACCCUUGUCUCCUUGGAAAGGGUGGCUCCAACAGUUUCAGUAGCCACGGUGGCUCCAGUAGCUUCAGUUCCAGUUCCAGUGGCUCCAGCAUUGCCAGCGGUGGCUCCAGUGGCUCUAGCAUCUCCAGCGGUGGCUCCAGCGGCUCCAGCAUCUCCAGUGGUGGCUCUGGUGGCUCCGGCGUUAUCCAUGGUAGCCCUUCAGGAUCUGUAGUAUUUAAGCCAGGAACGGGCUAUACCCAGAUCAGUUACUCCUCUGGAUCUGGCUCCAGCCUCCAAAGCUCCUCUAGCUUCUCCCAGUCUGGAAGCAGCAGCUCUCAGUCAGGAGGCAACAGAGGACGAGGGGAUGGCUCUGCUCUACCCACCGAUGAUUCCUCCCGCUUGUCAUCAGGCUCUUUCCAGUAUGGAGGAGGCUCUUCUUCUUCCCAAAGCUCCAGCAUGUCCAGCAGCAGUUCCCAAAGUGGCAGCUCCAACCUGCGGCCUUGUAGCUCAAACGUCCCUGACUCCCCCUGCAGCGGGGGCCCUGUCGUGUCCCACUCUGGCUCCUACCUCUCCGGCUCCCACUCUGUGUCAGGGGGGAAGAAGCCUGUGAUAGUGGUGGUAGAGCAGCACGGCUCGGGCGGGCCUGGAGUGGUUCAAAGCAUGCCUUGUAGCAAUGGGGGCCUGCAGGGGAAGCCCUGCCCUCCCAUCACCUCCGUCCAGCAGUCCUACGGUGGUUAUGAGGUCGUAGGAGGCUCUUCUAACAGUUACCUGGUCCCAGGCAUGACCUACAGCGGAGGCAAAAUCUACCCCGUGGGCUAUUUCACCAAAGACAACCCUGUCAGGGGCUCUCCAGGUGUCCCCACCUUUGCCGCUGGGGCCCCUGUCUCCGAGGGCAAAUACUUCUCAAGCAACCCCAUCAUCCCCAGCCACAGCUCUUCGGGUUCUAACAUCUACCAGUCUGGCCCUUCCCCCGCCAUCGUGUUCCAGCCUGUGGGCGCGGGUGGGGUCCAGCCCUGUGGAAUUGGCUCCACAGGUUCAAAGGGGCCCUGCUCCCAAUCCAGUUCCACCGUGCACAUCAGUUCUAGCGGUUCCAGUGCCUCCUACCAUCCCUGCAGCGGGGUUUCUCAGGGGCCCUGCUCCCCGCCAGGCACGGGCCCCAUCCGGGGCAGCUCCAACUCCCUCUCCGGGGGCAAAAUCAUCCUUCAGCCCUGCAGCAGCAAAUCCAGCUCCUCUGGUUACCCUUGCAUUUCGGUUUCCUCCUCAACCUUGAGUGGGGGUCCUGAUGGCUCUCCUCAUCCAGAUCUUUCUGCUGGAGCCAGGCCCUGUGGCCCCAGGAGCUCUGGAAGGGUCCCCUGCCGCUCCAUCCGGGACAUCCUGGCCCAAGUGAAGCCUUUGGGGCCUCAGUUGGCUGACCCGGAAGUUUUUCUGCCCCAGGAACAAUCACUUAGCAAUCCCUAA